UGCAGUUAUUCAUUGCUCCAUGCUUCAAGAAAAACAUUUAGCAAUGUCAAAGUCAGUAUCUCUGAGCAGUGGACCCCAAGUGCUUUUAACACAUCAGUUGAACUGCCUGUGGAGAUCUGGAGCAGCAACCAUUUGUUUCCCAGUGCAGAGGAAGCCACCCUUUUUCUUGGAACACUGGAUACUAUUUUCCUCUUCUCCUAUGCUGUGGGCCUUUUCAUCAGUGGCAUCGUUGGGGAUCGGCUGAAUUUACGAUGGGUUCUGUCUUUCGGCAUGUGCUCUUCUGCGUUAGUGGUAUUUGUCUUUGGCACUGUCACAGAAUGGCUGCAUUUCUACAACAAAUGGCUGUACUGCUGCUUAUGGAUUGUGAAUGGCCUGCUACAGUCCACUGGUUGGCCCUGUGUGGUUGCUGUUAUGGGCAACUGGUUUGGGAAAGCUGGACGAGGAGUUGUUUUUGGUCUCUGGAGCGCCUGUGCUUCAGUGGGCAAUAUUUUGGGAGCAUGCCUAGCUUCUUCUGUCCUGCAAUAUGGUUAUGAGUAUGCCUUUCUGGUGACAGCGUCUGUGCAAUUUGCUGGUGGGGUCAUUAUCUUCUUUGGACUCCUGGUGUCACCAGAAGAAAUUGGUCUCUCAGGUAUUGAGGCAGAGGAAAAUUUUGAAGAAGACUCACAUAGGCCAUUAAUUAAUGGUACUGAAAAUGAAGAUGACUAUGAGCCUAAUUAUUCAAUCCAAGAAGACAGUACUAUUACCCAAGUCAAGGCUAUAAGCUUUUAUCAGGCUUGUUGCCUUCCUGGAGUCAUACCGUAUUCACUGGCCUACGCCUGCUUGAAGUUAGUCAAUUACUCCUUCUUCUUCUGGUUGCCCUUUUAUCUGAGUAACAACUUUAGAUGGAAGGAGGCUGAAGCUGACAAGCUGUCCAUUUGGUACGAUGUUGGGGGAAUCAUAGGUGGAACUUUGCAAGGCUUCAUUUCUGACAUACUGCAGAAGAGAGCUCCCGUUUUAGCUUUAAGUCUGCUUCUGGCGAUUGGGUCCCUCAUCGGGUAUAGUCGUUCUCCAGACGAUAAGUCCAUCAAUGCACUGCUGAUGACUGUUACAGGAUUUUUUAUUGGCGGACCUUCCAAUAUGAUUAGCUCUGCUAUUUCUGCGGACCUGGGUCGCCAAGAGCUGAUCCAAGGGAGCAGUGAGGCUUUGGCGACCGUCACAGGAAUCGUUGAUGGGACUGGGAGUGUUGGAGCUGCUGUGGGCCAGUAUUUAGUGUCUUUGAUCCAGGACAAGCUAGGAUGGAUGUGGGUUUUCUACUUUUUUAUUCUCAUGACAAGUUGUACAAUUCUAUUUAUCUCACCAUUAAUAGUGAGGGAAGUACUCUAUCUUGUACGAAGGAGACAAGCUCACAUAUUGAGUGAGUGACUGGUUGGUGCCCACAAGACAAAAAGAACAAUGGGAGACACAUCAGGACUAUUAGGGCUUUUAAUUCACUCUAUUUUGGGGCUGAGAGCUCAACAUAACCUCAGGUUGUCAGGCCUCUUUCAACACUGCCAGCCACCCAAGAUGCUGACCAGUACUGAAGGCUGGGCUAUUUUUCUACACUACAGGAAUUAUUGUUGAUGAUUUUUAUUAUUUCAUGAAUGUACUGAAUGAUCUUUGUUUGGACUAUUGAGGUUUAUCCCUUUAACCUUAAAUGUCGUAUUGGACUUGGACCCUUGUUCUCCAGCCUCGAAAGCUGAGUAAACAGAAGGCAGAGCCAUGCAUGGUUUGUACUGACAAUGUGUUCCACGAAUAGAAAGGAUCGCUGGAUUUUGCUUUGGUAAUGUGUUUGCAGAGAGUGGCUCAUCUUUGAAGCAUCAAACCCUGAUAAACUGCUCAAGCUGGAUCAAGCUGUAAGCCUGCCUUGGACAAAGAAUCCCUCUGUUAACUCUGGUGGGAAAGAUCACAUGACAUGCCUGCUGGCUCAGUCACUCUGUCUGAUCUAAAAGUCAUUCAGCUCGAGAAACAAAAAUAUCUUCAAAUUAUUGGCAACUUGUUUUCCUCCGUCUUCCUUCAAGAUUAACUUUGAUUCCUGGAAGUGUUUAGUCUUCCAUUCAAGGACCAUAAGGUACAUCAGUUAUCUGGAACAUUCCACUGUGUAACUCACAACUGAAGUACUCAACCCCAGAUUUGUUGUCUAGGAACUUUAGAAUCCUCUAGGAAGCUAAUCUGCUUAGUCAUGUUUUUAGAGGAUUGAUCUGUUACAACCGGGUUCCUGGAGUUAGCAGGAGACUAGAAUUAGAGAAAAGGGAAAGACCUUUUGUCCUAGUGUUAAGUGUAAAUGAUCCUUGAAUUAUGAUGGAGUUAUAUCCUGAUAAACCCAUCAUAAGGUGAAAAUAUCCCAAGUCAAAAAUGCAUAUAAUACACCUGACCUACCGAACAUCGCAGCUUUGCCUGGCCUACCUUAAAUGUGCUCACAACACUUACAUUAGCCUAUAGUUGGGCAAAAUUAUGUAACACAAGCCCUAUAUUAUAGUAAACUGUUGAAUAUGUCAUGUAAUUUAUUGAAUACUGUAUAUUAUGUCAAAAUUGCAACAGUUCUACACCAUUUAAAGUCAAACAGUUGGAAGUCAGGGACCAUAUGCACAUGACAUUGAAUCAGUGGACUACUAGGGCCUGAGGGGUGUCUGUUUUUUAGAAGA